AGUUUAACUCUAGAUAGCCAAACAGUCCCUCAAAGCAGCCGAUCUCUGCUUCUCAACCAAAGGCAUCUCUUUUCCGCCUACAUUAACUAUGGACAAGGGGAAAUCGGUUAUGGGUUCGGGCCGGCGAUGGGCCGUCGGAUUCACUGACAAUUCGGCAUCCCCUUCAUCGCGAGAUAUUCCUGACCCGCCGGGCUUCACUAGGGCUUCCCAAGAUCAGGAUGAUUCGGCUGUGAGCAAACAGAAGAAGGAUGCUGAAGCAAAUUGGAAAGCUCAGAAAGCAUGGGAGGUUGCACAAGCACCCUUCAAGAAUUUGAUGAUGAUGGGAUUCAUGAUGUGGAUGGCCGGAAGCACGGUUCAUCUAUUCAGCAUUGGCAUAACAUUUUCGGCUCUUCUACAGCCUGUCAACGCACUUCGUGGGGUUGGGAAAAUGUUUGAACCUUACAAGGACCACAAAGUCGACCUUCUAGCACCUAAGCUAGUAUUCAUCGCCCUUAACGUGGCAGCGUUAGGGCUGGGCGUCUGGAAGCUUAACACACUCGGCCUUCUUCCAACUCACUUAUCGGAUUGGGUUUCAUCCUUGCCGCCACCACAGGAGGUCGAGUACUCCGGUGGAGGUAUCCCGCUACACUAGCUUCUCCUUUGGUCGAGAAUAGGAUUCGACGAGAGUCGUUGAGUCGAAGGGAUCUGAGGUGUAGGUAAAGUGCUCUGCUGGUGUGCUAUAUCAUCCAUGGUGCUGCAGCUAUAAAAUGUCAUCUUCCAACUUGGAUUUUGCAGUCUUAAAAAAGGAAAAACUACAAGAUUUCAGUUUAUUCUUGGAGGAAUUCUAGCUUUACUCAUUUUAUUUUUAAAUUUGGAUGAUGUAACACAACUGAUUAUUGUUAGUUUUUAUUUUAUUUUACCAAUUUUGUGAGCUUAA